AUGCAUCACCUCUUUGGGCUGGUUUUGUCACAAAAGGACCUUUCACGUGCAGGGGAUCUUUUCUCCUUAGAGGAUGCUGAGAUUGAAGGAAGCCUCUCAGAAGCUCUUGAACAAAUAAGAAUAAUUAGUUCAUCUGCAGACUACCAGACCAAUGAUAACGACCAGGCUGUGGUGGAAAUCUGCAUCACUCGCAUCACCACGGCCAUCAGGGAGACGGCGUCCAUCGAAAAGCACGGGCAAGCCCUCGUGGCUCUCUGGGAGUCGUGCCUAGAGCACAACCUGAAGCCAUCUGGAAAAGAUGAGGACACGCCACACGCAAAAAUUGCCUCCGACAUCAUGAGCUGUAUCCUGCAG